UUCUUGACGUGGUAGUGCGCAUGCGCAGUGCUCUCCUCACACAAAUCAACACUCUGAGCGGCUGAAGAACUUUGAUCUCAAACACGCUAAGUUCGCAAGAGUUCGCGGUGAGUUUGAGUUCAUAAACCCGCUGCUGUGACUCUGGACGGUCCGGUCGGUGGUCCCGUGUGCUCUGGACGAGUUUAUAAUCGGUUCACGAUGAGUUUGUGUCCAGUGAAUCCGCUGCUCAGGUUUUGUGUUCGUGGUUCUGAAUGUUUGAGUUUUUGAAGGGUUCGGGAUGAGUCUGGGCCCGGUGAAUCCGCUGCUGUGGUUCCGGGUGUGUGAUGAGGGGGAUCUGGAGAGCGCCCGGCGGGCUCUGGAGGAUCCGGGCGGGUUCGCUCAUGUGGACGGGACCGAUGAGGAGGGAAACACGGCGCUCAUGUUCGCGGCGGCCGGUGGACACGAGCAGCUGGUUCGGUUCUUACUGAGGAAAGGCGCUUCAGUGGACCGACGGAACCAUUACGGCUGGACUCCACUCAUGCAGGCGAGCAGGUUCGGUCAUCUGAACAUGGCUCAUAUCCUACUGGAGAACGGCGCCGAGAUCAACGGCAGGAACCGUAUGGGCGCCAGCGUCCUCACCAUGGCCGCUCGUGGUGGUCACAGUCACAUGAUCAAACUCCUCCUGGAGAACGGCGCCUUCGUGGACGACUUUGAUCACCUCGCCACGGCCGAGGGGAACGCCAGCACCAACAAUAACACCGUCCAUGGAGACAACGGGAAGAAGUUUCUGGAGAUCACGUCUCUGCUGGCCGCCGCGCAGCACGGACACGAGGCCGCGGCGAGACUGCUGCUGGAAUGGGGCGCCGAUGUGAACUUCUGUCAGAAGACGACGGGCUGGAGCGCGCUGAUGCUGGCGGCCGCCGGCGGGAGAGUGAACGUGACGCAGCAGCUGGUGGAGCGAGGAGCAGAUCCCGAUCAUCUCAACGUUCUGGGGAAGACGGCGUUUGAGGUGGCACUUCAACUGCAACACAAAGAUGUGAAGAACUAUCUGGACUCCAUCACUACCGUCAGGCCACAGCCAGAUGAUGAGAAGAAGCGGCCGGAUAUUUUCCACGCGUUGAAGUUAGGUAACGCUCAGCUGGUGAAGGAGAUGGUGGAGGAGGACUCGUCGCAGGUGAAUGUGUCUAACGCAGACGGCGCGUCUCCUCUGAUGAUGGCGGCGGUCAGCGGGCAGCUGGAGGUAGUGCAGCUGCUGGUGGAGAAACACGCAGACAUGAACAAACAGGACUCUGUUCACGGCUGGACCGCACUGAUGCAGGCCACCUAUCACGGGAAUAAAGACGUGGUGAAGUUCCUCUUGAAUCAGGGAGCAGAUGUGAAUCUGAAGGCCAAGAACGGAUACACGGCCUUUGACCUCGUCAUGCUCCUAAAUGACCCCGACACUGAGCUGGUGCGUCUGUUAGCAUCUGUGUGUAUGCUGGUGGAUAAAGAGAAGAAUAAACCACAGAGAGGGAAGUCAGCUGUGAAGAGAUGCCCGUCUGUAAAUGUGCCACCUCCUCCUGAUGACAGAGGCGGUCUGAAGUCGUGGUGGAACCGAAUGUCCAAUCGCUUCCGCAGACUGAAGUUAACGCACACGCUGAGACACGGACUCUCCACCAAUCGGCUCGCUCCGUUCCCCGACGAACCAGAAGUCCCUCUGGACGCCACAAUGAAAGCAGAGGACGGGCCUAAAGCGGAACCCAAGACCCCUCCAAAUGCUGACCUCUGCACGGCGUGGACCAGUGAGAGUAAAGAUGGCGGUCUGAGCGGAACAGGAAGUGGAAAAGAUGAUUUCCUUAUCACAACAAUGUUGAGGAACGGAGCGCCGCUCGCUCGUUUGCCCAACGAGAAGCUGAAGGCCGUGAUCCCGCCCUUCUUACCGCCGUCAAACUUUGAGCCGUGGAACUCGGAGCGCUCCGGAGUGAUGAAGGAGGGUCGCAGCAGGCACAUGCCACAGAGACCCAACAGAAGCAGCUGUGCCAACUCCGAUAUAACGUCCAUUAGUCGAGUCGUCAGCAGGUCCAUCAAGUUUCUCUCCAUCACUAAAGGCCCCUCCCCCUCAAACUCUGGCAGUUACAACUCCGCCCACUCAUCAGGCGGUUCUAAUGGUGUGGGAGGAGUCAACCGGCACACAUCCGACUCACACAACCGCUCAGGUGGCAGUGCUGCCGACAGCAUUCUCUCUCAGAUUGCUGCUCAAAGGAAAAGAGCUGCAGGUCUGUUAGACAGUAAAACACCUGCUGCAGAGAUGCCCAGUACUGUGCCAACACCGAUGCCAACUGUGCCUGAUGCCAGCCUUCCUGAGAGCCACAGCGAUGCCCACAACAGACAGAAAGCGGAUGUUAAGAAGAGACCUCAAUCAGGAAACUCGUCCACCUCUAAGAGCACGUCACCCACCCUCACGCCCUCUCCAUCACCCACCCCGAAACCUCUGGCUGCAGACUCGCUCUCGUCAGCCUCCACACAGCACCGAUCCAAGAGCAGCGGCGGCUCCAGCAGCGGAACCAUCACAGACGAGGAUGAGUUAUCUGGGAUAUUGAGGAAACUUUCCCUGGAGAAAUAUCAGCCCAUCUUUGAAGAGCAGGAGGUGGACAUGGAGGCGUUUCUGACUCUGACGGAUGGAGAUUUGAAGGAACUGGGAAUAAAAACAGAUGGACCGAGACAGCAGAUACUGGCGGCCAUCUCUGAACUCAACGCUGGCAAAGGAAGAGAACGACAGAUCUUACAGGAGACCAUUCAUAACUUCCAGUCGUCGUUCGGCAGCAGUGCCAGUAACCCUCGACCUGCCGGAUAUCCACACUCUCCGUCAGGGUGGAGCAGACAUCAGGUGCAGACGGCAAACAGGAGAUAACACACACACAUGAGGAUCUGUACUGUGUGUGAAGUAUCAGACGACUGUGAGUGCUGCUGGAGAUGGACACAUACACCUGCCGUACACCAGGGGGCGCUCAACACCAGCACACUCAUGUUCAUCAGUCACGGGUCACAGGUGUUCAUGUGAUCCAGGACCUGAUUGUGGAUGUUAGAGGAUUUUAGAUUCCUGACUGACAAGUUACAUGAAUGUUUAAAGAUCUAGAAACAUCUUCAUAAUGUCUGAAGAGCAGAAAUAUGAUCACGUGUGUCAUUUCUCUCAUUUCUGCCUCAUCUGUUUAAAGGCUGUUUAAACACACAAACUGUCCCGGACUGAUGAAGAAACAAGGGAAUUCUGGGAGAUGAAGUUUAUCUGUUUAUUCUAUUAUUUGAUCAUCUCUCAUCAUUACUCAUUUUCAUUAUUGUUUGUAUUUAUGUGUUUCAGCACAGUAUUAUUCUGUUGUAGCCUCCAAGUGUUUCACUGUUCAAAUAAAAGUCUGUUUUAAUCAUUCAAAUCAUCUGUCAUUUGGAUUUUGAGUGUGCAUGUGUUCCAUGUCUACA